GUGAAGACAACCGUAAAGUACUUCCUAUUUCCGGUUAAAAUGGCACAAAAUGUUCAGGUCUGUGAUAUACCAGCAGAGGUUGUUGACAGGUUGAAGAAAUUCAGAUUUAGAAAGGAGAAAAAUGUUGCUGCCAUAAUGUUGAAAGUUGACAAAAAUAGUAAGAAAAUUAUCAUUGAAGAAGAAUAUGAGGAUUGUAAUGUAGAUGACCUGCAACCAGAGUUACCAAUUUCCCAGCCUAGAUACAUUGUAAUCAGCUAUGUUAGACAUCAUGAUGAUGGUAGGGUGUCUUAUCCGCUCUGCUUUGUCUUCAGUAGUCCUUCAGGCUGUCCCCCUGAACAACAGAUGAUGUAUGCAGGGAGUGUUCUCAGUUUAAUUCAAACCCUGGGUCUCACAAAGACAUUUGAUGUAAGGAAUCCAGAGGAAUUCUCAGAAGAAUGGCUACUGGAACAGUUAGGCAAGGUGUAACGGAUCUCAAAGAGACGUAAUAAUGGACCAACAACUCAGCAAUAUGGCUCACUCGUUCAUCCAACAUGAACCGAUAUUAUACAAAAAGAACCUCCUCUUAAAGUUAUAAACCCUUAAGAAAGUUGAGCCAAUAACUCGCAAAUCAAUCAAGGCAACUUACAAAGGGACCAUAUUUUUUCUUUGUUGCCAACUGAUAUUUUAUUCUUAGUCCUUUUAAAGCUUUGUUUUGUUUCAUAUCUAACAAAUGCUUUUAGAUAUACAUGUAUCUAUCCAUAUUUGUAUAAAAAUUUGUUGAAACUUA